UGCGAAGUAUCUCAUUGAGUCGCGAAAUUUUCUGUAUUUAUGGCAAAAUAGAUGCCAUAGCGGACUUUUCCCGUUGUUCUUGGCUUUAGCAGGUCAUGGAGUGACCAUGAGUCACCCUAGUCCAACGGGAAACGGCUGUACUUUGGAGGAUUGCCACACAAAUUUAUUCGCAUUGACCGACUUGUCGGGAAUCAAAUGGCGAAAGUUAACAGCAGAAAGUGUGCCUGUAGUAGAGCCCCUGGACGACCCGGUGUUGGUUUCUUUUGCCAAAUGCAUUCAGUCGGACAUUUUAUGUGUGUGGCGACGGGUGCAGAAACACUCGGAACUGCCAAACAUAGAUCACCUGCCGUUCAGCAAGGAACUGUGGAUCUUCUGGUACGGGGAAAAACCGGCCAACUUAGACGACAUCCUCUCCCCAGAACUCAAGGAGGUGGAGAAUGGCUCUUGGGACCACGGCCUCUCCUAUGAGUGCAGGACACUGCUCUUCAAAGCUCUCCAUCAGCUGAUCGAAAGGUGCCUCUUGUCCCGGAACUUCAUCCGUCUGGGGAAGUGGUUUGUUCAGCCUUAUGACCAGCUACAGCCGGAGUCGGACAAGAGUGCUCACCUGUCGUUUUCGUUUAACUACUUUCUACAUGGAGAGAGCACGGUGUGUGCUAGUAUUGAAGUGAAGCAGCAUCCGCCAGUAUGGAGGCUGGCACCUCACCACCUUACCUUGGCUCAGAGCAACCAGGCCAGCGUGCAAGUGAUCCUCGCCCCAUACGGCCUUAACGGGAUCCUUACCGGGCAGCGGCCACUGGAGAGUGAUCAACAUGGUCGUAAGCUCCUGGACGACUGGAAGAUCUUUUACUCACUGGACAAUGGGGAGCCAGAGGCCUUCGGAGACAGCAACAGACUACCUAGUCUUGUGGAGGUUGUUGUUGCGGGAGUGAGGAUGAAGUACCCUUCCAGUUUCGUGUUUGUCUGUGAGGCGGAGGAGUGCCCUGCCCGCAUGCAGGCCGUCAUGCCGAGCACAGGGGCAGGCCAGAGCCAGACUCGCCCCCACCCUCUCCCCUCCCAGCUGAGCAGUAUUCCCCUCACCCCACCUACCUCCCCUGCCGACCCAAGUCUGAUAGGCGUGACAGACACAGGCGUCAAAGUAGUGCCGGCGUCCUCGUACUCAAGUGGCCGACUGGAGUCUGGCCAAAACCCGCACACCAUAAACACCAUCAGUCAGAGGAUAGUGGAGAAAGUAUGUCAAGAUUGCUGCAUCACUGCCGGAACUGCUAAAAGGACAACUGAUGCCAGCAGCGAGGAGUCAGCUGGAACCUGGGAACUCGCUGAGCCAACGUCACGGUGUAACUGUUCCUGUAGCAGGCAUAAGGCCACAAAGAACAAGUCCGGCGGGCUGGGUCCUGGGAAGGGAGGGUCGGGAGCAGGUAGUAAACAUGCCAAAGGUGACAAGGGAGAUAAGUCUGAUAGAGCGAGCGGACGGCCUAACCGCUCUAUGACACCAUUUCACCGAAGGUCACCUGUCACGGACGAUUUACUGCAAUUUGACAUGGAUAUGAUAAUGGCACGGAUGCCCCCUAACCCAGCAUUCCGGGGCAGCCAGCCUGCAGGCCCGCCUAGUGUCAGCACACCCACCCCAACUGCCCUACCCCAGUUGCCACGGAACCCGUCGAUGGAGGCGAGCGUGGAGUCACCAUCUCCUGCUCCCUCCCCACUGGAUGACCAGCACAACCCUGCAAUGAUGAGCCAGACUAUGGAACCCACCAUGCCCACGCUCAGUCCCCACCCACCCGCAAAGCAUGCUGGGGACAAGAGCGGGGCGAGAAAAACUCAAACUGUGCCGAAUGCGUCGGCUGAAAAUGGCAGCUCAUUUAAUGGGACAUUAGAAGUGUUUGGUAAGCCUGUGGACUCUACACCUGGAUCAGCACGGCCCGAGCCCAGCGUUGUGUCACCCUGUAAUGGCGUGCCGCACGUUGAUCAGAAGCAGGAGUCAGUCAACAGCUGGUUGCACUCACAGCGACAGCUCCACGUGGAUAUCCACGGUAUCAAGAGGCCCUCCCUGCCCGAAACCGAUCUCAGCAACCAGGACGAGAUCUCCACAGAAUCGUUUUAUGAUUUCAAAAGUUUAAAUUCAUGGUUUGAAUAUCCAAUAAAAAAGGCAAGGUUAGAUGCAAAGGGAGAGCUGAAACCAGUUUGCCAUCUCCAGCUACAGAACUCACUGAACCAUCACCAAAAACAGCAGUCCAAAACACCCUCGCCCAUCCCCAAGAAUGACCCGUACGAGUUCCAGGACGACUGCUACAUGGCCCCAGGAGGGUUCAGUCGCUACAGGACGAGUCGAGACGACAGCAUUCCCCGCCCCUCACCUUUUGGAAGAUCUAUGGAUGAUGAUUCCAGAGAUUCCAUGCACAAUGAUGAUCGGGGCAGUCAGAUGGAUCUGGAUUCCCCCUCAGGGCAAGCAGGACGACCCCUGGGGGUGUUCACCAGGGAGAAGGAUCUACAAGCCAGUAUUAAGGACCUGGAUCACAUGUUUGACUCAGAUGAGGACGACAAUGAUGACAUGAACCUGCCUCCUACCCCAGCCAGCAGUAAUAAGCCGGAAGAGACGAGUAUCAAGUGUAUGAAGAUGACAAGUAUCAGCUCCAACACCAUGGGAACAAUUGGUCCAUCGGAGUUGACACGCAUGUUCCCCACCCCUCCCUCACUGAGUGAGACAAACCCCACCCACUCCCCAGGCACAGACCUGGGCAUGGAUAUAAUUGAGGCCAUCUGUACCAAAGUGGAGCCAUUUACAGGGACAACCAUUGAUACAGCAUCCAAAGACUGGUCUUAUGUUUUUAAGCCUCCAAAGUAUUGUCAGUUCCUUGGCUCAAAUCGUUACGCCCCAGUGGAGUUGCCCAGUGGGGCACUGUCACCGGUGCAGUCCCCGCCCGAGUACAAGGCCUCGUGGCAGUACGCCAUUCCCAUCAUGGAGAAGCCGCCACCCCCUCCCAGUACAUACAUAAACAUACCGUCCGUAGAAACUGUGCCGAAUCUGUCACGGUUACAUCCAGGCGCCGAGGCGUCACCAGCCACCUUCCACGGGAGUAUUCAGCAACGAACACCUCGGACCCCGAUGAGCUACGAACUCCAGUCCCCGGCUUCAAACGCGUCAUCAUACAUGAACAGAACACUGAACUCCAUAGACAACCAGGGCACAAAUCACCAAAUCUCCGAGGCGCACAGUUUAGUGGUGAACAUCAUCUUGAUGGACUCACUUCUCAAUGUUUACAAAGAUCACAAUUUUGACAGCUGUAAUAUAUGUGUGUGCAACAUGAGCAUCAAAGGUGCGGACUUUGGGCUUUACCUGCCCAAUGCGGGCAGCGAGCCCCAGGGCCACUGUCAGUGUGCCUUCAGUGCUAUCAUGAACAGGAAGUACGGCCAUAGCUCUGGGCUGUUUUACGAGGAUGAGGUGGACAUUACGGGCAUCAGGAAUGACCGGUUUGACCGGCGCAAACCCCCACUCAGGGCCAUAGAGUUUCAGCCCGAGGAGGGGGGAGAGCACAAGACGCCCUCAGUUCCAGAGGACGAUGUGAACCCGACCAUCACAGAACUGUUACUCAGUCAGUUCCACAUCUCUAACCCAUCCUGUUCUGUGGUUCACCUGUUCAACAAGCUAAGAACGGACGCAGCCACCUCAUAUAAUGGCCCAUCUGUGGAUAUGCUACAAAUGCAAGAUGGGAAUGAGGCAGCAUAUGCUGCUCUGGAACAGGGGAGACAAGCAAUGGAACACUGUUCUCCCACCAAAAUAGAAGAUGUGGCCCUCAAGGCUUCCACCUUACACAAGUGGCCCUAUCAAGCAGCUCACAGUGCACCAGUCAAUCCACAGAAUGUUGUACGGCUUCUCAAGUCCCUCCUUCCGCUUUUACAAGACGCAAUUCAAAAGAAACGCACAACAAGGUUAUGGGAGCCAACAUAUGAAUACUCAGUCACUGGUCCUCUUAGCUGGAAAGAUUUUCAUAAAAUGGCCGGCAGAGGUAACAACGAGAGUUGUGAACCCCAGCCCAUACCCUCCUUCCUUGUGGGUCACGACAAGGAGUGGAUGUCCAUAUCACCGUUUGCUCUCAAGUACUGGGAUAAACUUUUGUUGGAGCCUUAUGGGAAGCCCCGGGAUGUUGUGUACGUGGUUGUCUCCCCUGACAGUGAUUACGUCCUCACGCACGUGAAGCGAUUCUUCAAGGAGUUGAGCACAGUGUACGAGCUGAGUCGAUUAGGCAAACACUCGCCGAUGUCCAAGGUCCUCCGUGAUGGUAUUAUGAGGGUUGGAAAGAAAGCACAAAACCUGGGCAAAGAACAGGUUGAGGACUGGUUCCAUAAUAUAGGUGACUCCGCUGUGGCAGCAAAACUGCGGCUAUAUUUCCUGACUUGCCGCUAUCAUUUAGCCCCUUUCCUUGCCCAACAGACUUUGGACAAGCACCUGUUGGAGUGCACGGGGAGCAGCCAGCAGAGACACCGUUCCGACCACACCCUGAGCCUUCCCCUAAGCCUCCAGCCCACCCCGGAUAAUUCAGCGGGGGCCAGCACACCUCAACAUGGGGGCAGUGAGGAAUCCAAAGAUGGCAUCAGCAGCACGUACGAUGCCAGUCACGUACGGGACAGCAUAUCGCAUGACACGGAUAGUGAUGACAACGGAGAGUGUCCGGCACUGGUGGUUUACCUGGUUGAUCCGUUCACCUACAGCCAGCAGUGGGACCACCUCAGCAGGCUGGCCAUGGUGGGACUGCUUAGGUGCUACGAGAGUAUGCUACGCUACCUGCCUGAACACCUGCAGAACAAUACCUUUCUUCAGAUUGUUCCCUUGAAGAUGAUCCUGGACAAGCAGGAACCUGGAGCAGAGAUGCAGCACCUCAAGUCCAUGGCAUUCUCGGUGUUCACCAUGUGUCGAUGGAAUCUCUCCCACACAAUCCCAGGCCGCUCCCUGACCGGCAUGGGGCCAGCCGCAGCUGCGGACCACUUCCUCAAGAAGAAGGGGGGUGACAAGGCCGGUCCACUAAAGCUGUAUGCCCCACCCUACGUGUUAGCGCCACUAAAGGACAAACAGUCACAGUUGGCGGAGUCGUGUGGGGAGAAGCUGGAGAAGAGCAAUGUGAUAUUCUGUGGUUACUGCUUGUCAGAGGACCAGCGCUGGCUGCUGGCCACCUUCACUGACCAGCGUGGUGAGAUGACAGAGAUGUGCACGGUCAACAUUGAGAUUCCUAACAGAAAUCGAAGGAGAAAGGCAUCAGCCAGGAAGAUAGGGCUGGCAAAGUUGUGGGACUACAUUCUAGGUGUGAUAUCCAUGACGACAACACCAUGCCGAGUUGUGAUUGGUCGCUUUGGUCGGCUUGGUCACGGAGAGCUGAAAGGCUGGGGUGGCCUGCUGAGUAAGAAGAACCUGAUCAAUGCCAGCAAGCACCUGCGCGAGAUGUGUGCCCAGUGCUCCGCUCAGGCCUUGCCCAGCUCUGACCUGCCCUGCAUCCUCAGUGCCUGCCUCGUGUCCAUGGAGCCUCACCCCACCUUCAGGGUGAUGCCCGAGUCUGUCAAGGUGGAGGAGAAGAUGAGCAGUAACUGCCCACUGCAGACACCACGCGAUGCCUCGUGUACACACAUCCUGGUCUUCCCAACGUCCACCACCGCUCAGGCCAACACCCAGUCAAACCACCAGGAGCCCAAUAUGGAUCUGACGCUCGUCCUGAACGAUGACGAGGCUGGAGACUGCCUAUUUGACGACUCAGAAUUGGACUUUAACACUCUGUUUGAGAAUGUCUCUCCCCCAGCCUCACCCCACGGACAACUGCAGCACACGUCUUCUAGUCCUCAAGGGGGCUCACCCACUAGUCGAGCUCACUCCCCAGGCAAAACCAACUGGUCAGCCAUGAGUGGAGUGGGAGCGUCAUCAUUGAACUCUCAGGAAGAGGUGUGCAAUCUGUUACUGCAGCCCCUGGCCAUGGGCUACUACACGUCCACCGCUAAGACAGGCCCAUUACCCCGCUGGUUCUGGGCCAGCUGUCCAGAAGCAGAGAACCAUUGUCCAGCCAUGUUCAAGUCUGCGUUACACAUUCACUGCCCGUCGGUACAACAAAACCCAGAUGAACUCAUCGACCCCUCACACAGUCGUAAUGCUCAUUCCCUCGAUUCCAGCGAAACGUGCGAUGUGCUCAGAUUUGUGCUGGAGAACUACAAUGCUCUCUCCUGGUUAAACCUUGACCCAUCCAGCAAUGACCGCCGCUCCUGUCUGCCCAUCCACUUCGUCAACCUUAUGCAAAUCUACCACGCCCUCAAUGCAUUUGUCUGAAGGUGCCAGCAAUCUGACCCUAUCAGAAUCUCGUUUACGUGCACCCAGUCGAGCACCUUCAGUCGAGUUGGAAGUGAGCAAUGUCCCGUUAAGAGUUGAGAACAAGACGGUUUUAAGAGACUACCGAAAGGAGAAGGAUACUGUUUAUAGCCCAUGUGGAUUAUGUUACCUUAAGCAAAUCACUCCCAAGCCUUGGGCUUUCUCCUUUUGGUUUCCAUUGAGUGACCACCUUUUCUGUGUCUAUGUACUGAUGACAAGGAUUUGGGAACAAGACAGUUUUGUGAUUCGACUUCUGAGAAGGUAAAGCAUGGAGGUCAAACUGCUUGAAACAAACAGCUCACUAGCCGUGGACUCUUUUUCUUCUUUUUUUUCCCACUGGAAAAAAUCACAUUUUUUUUUGCAUACCUUUGCUAGUGAUAAGGUGUAAAGAAUGGCAGUUUACCAGACUACAAUUGGGGAAACUGAUAAUUGAUUGUUCCUGAGGUUCGUGUUGCCUGAAACAACUGGCUACCAAGCUGUCGGCUUUUGUUUUAUUCCAGCAAAAGGUUGCACGUUCUGUGUCCCUGUGAAGUAAUGUAAGUGUGAAGAAUGUGAGUUUUCAAAGAGCUGGUGCACAGGCUCCUGUGUUAUCACAGUUUAUGUGUGAACAGAUCCUCUGCCCCUAUGGAGGAGAGACGACCCUGAUGUUUGUAUGCAGUACCAUGCCGAUGAAAGGGAAAUACAUGCAUUAACUCUCCGCAGAAUUCCCUUAUGCAGGAUUCAUCAAGUACUUCCAGUGACGAUAAAAAAGUGAUUUUUGGAUACCAUGGGUUGAAAACUAUAAUGGUUAACUGAAUUCUGGUGUAAAUGUGAGGAGACCAGCAUUUUGCAUCCAUUCUGUUUUUCCUUUCUUGUUCAUCUGACUUCAAAACAGAGAAAAAUUGAUUUUCAUGAACACUUUUUAAGUUGGCAGGUUUUGGCAGAUACUGUGACAACUGAGCCAAUUUUUCCCAAAUAGUCGCAUGUUUCCUGGAGUGUUGUUGGAUGAAAUGUAUUUAAUUUAAGUUCCCUAAUUUUGCUCAGCAGAUUUAAAGUAGCGAUUUAAAUGCGAGUCAGAACGGGUGAGAGUGUUGAACUCUCAAAUAUAUGUAUAUGGCUGUAAGCAAUCAGGUUUCCACAGGUAUUAUAGCCCUCAUUUAUGGGAGAACUCACAAUUGUACAUGGAUGAAAAGUUACAAAUUUGAAAUUUAUAAAAGACUUCAAAUUCAGACUAUAAAACAUUUUUCUGUCAGAGAAUAAAUGGGGGAAAUAAGGAGGUCUGUAAUCAUGGAAAAAUAGAAGCACAUUAAAUCAAAUAUGGAUAGGUUGUUUGGGCCAAUUUAAAUCAUGUUGUAUGUGAAUAAGUUAAGCUAACAAAGAGCUAACAGGCCAGCCUUUUUAUGAACUAAUGGGUGUAGAUCAUUCAGGCCAAGAGAGACUAACUGUUGUUUUCUGAAACAAAGCAGAAUUGUUCAAGUUUUCAUCUCUGAGACCAGAUUGACUUCCCAUUGUGGCAUUACUGCAUUUUCUGGCAGUUCUCUUCCCCAUGUUUACAAAACAGAACACUUCUUAGUACAGGCUGACAGGAAGUCAGACAUGAUUGCAGAUCAUGAAGAGCAAUUUUCAAGCUUAUCCCUAAACACGAGAAGGAAAGCAUGUACUAAUCAGGGGGCUGUUGCCUUGAUCUGUUUAGAAGAAUCUGUACACCUUUUUAUAGCGGCAGCUUUGCAAUAUUUUUCCGUACAUGUGUACACCCAAGAGAGGUUUUGUCUUUUUAUUCUUAUGGUUUUUUGUAACGGACUGUGGACUUCCUCUUGGCUAGAUUAUCUGCUCUCCAAUGAUCCUGACCAGUUGUUGAAAUCUAUUUAUCAACUUCCGGUGUACAUGAACUUUCUAUUCACCGCUGCUGCUGCUUCUUUGUGCAGUGAUAACCAUGUUAUUUAUUUGUUACUUGUUUGUUUUCUUGUACAGUGUAUCGUGACCUAGUCUGUGAGGAAAUCAUGUAUGCAAAUCCUUCGUCAAAUUUGCAAACAGUUUGUGUCGGAAAUCCGGAACAGACCAUGAGACAAUGCAAUGGCACAGUUUAACCCAGGAACUUUGACAUGCAUUUGUAGGAGACUGAUGUCAAAGUCUCUGGGGCAGGCUCUGUAGUUAAGAUGUUCCCAUGCCCCCAGCCCCACCUCCAACCCUGGGACCUGUCCCUUUAUUAUGCAGAAUGUUUGCAUAAAAAUUGUCUAAAGGUGUACAUUUGAGUAAAUAUGACAAAACUGAAAAGGGUGCAUUGUGCAUAUCCUGGUAUCAAAUGCAAAUCAUGCCUGUACAAAUAUGGUAUACAUACACAUAGUAAAUAUACGAAAUAAAUAAAUAUAUUAUAUAUAUAUUAUACAUAUGUAAGUGGCGAGAUACAAAAGACUUGUGUAGGUUGUUGCACUGGUUCACUUCAUCACUCAGGAUGGUAACUUGUCCUGGUACAACUCAACGUUGACCGUGUAUUUUUGUAAAUACAAAUAAAUUAUGACUGAGGCUUUAAGUUAUAAAUAAAUGGACCAGGAGAUAAAAAAAGCUGGUGAAAAAGUAGCGCCAGAAUGCUGUGCAGAUUGUAAGUUAACAGCUGGUGGAUUAGAGGUGAGGGAGAAGGGAGCAUGAGUUUUCUCCCUUGUCUCGGAGUUCUCUGUGAUUAUUGGCUCCUCCGUAUUAUUGUUACUUUAUGGUUCAUUUGCACAGUCGUGUUUAUGUGCAGAGGUUUUGCCAGUAACUACUUAUACUGAAAAGCUAGUAUGUCCUGUACAUUUGUUUAUUUCCUCUUUGUAUAUUUUGUUGUCAAAUUUAUACUUGUAUACCUAAUUUUUUUUAUGGGAGGAGGGGAUGAAAAUCUUUGAAAAACCCUGACACCCCCACACCCCCAACCCCAACCCUUCCAGUCCGUGAACAGUUUGUUUUCUCCUUGUGACAUCUGAUGUUUUAAAGUCAUACUAACCAGACCAGUGUUGAAAUGCCCUCCGAGGUAGGAGAGAGGACUUCCAAGGUUGAAUGGUGAUCAGUAGAGUGUUGGAUGACCGUGUGUGGUGCUUGUCAGUUGAAAUUAGCAAAUCCUACAUAUGGGUACCGGUGGUAAAUCAGUCUACUUUCUCUAGAGAAGCACAAGAAUGUUGCUGCUGAGCAGUAUUGUAUGAAUGAAAAGAAUUUAAAUCCCGGUUUGCCAUGGUGCAGUCGUGUUUUCGAGUCAGCAGUGAGUAUAUUCAGCUAUUCCAAAAGUCAACAGUCAAAGGGAUGGGUAAAGGUGUUUUUUUUUUAGUAUGUUUCAGUUUAAUGUUAUAAAAGUAUGAGUAUUUAGUCUUUUUGAAUAGAUUAAGCUUGGACUAAAACGUAACAAACUGAUUAUUGCCCAUGCCCUUAUUAAAAUAUGCACGCACACCAACAAAUCAAGUCGUCAUUGCCAAACUUUCAUUUUUACAGUAAAACUGGCACCCAUUGAUCAAUAGUUCGUCUGGGGAAAUUUACUUGUAACGCUCUGAUGCCCGAAUUGCCGCAUAGGUGUAGUACUUGGGGCUUUGUGCAAUGUUCCAAGUUCUAAUAAGUGCGGUCUGUUUUGACCGAAACCUCAACGACGAAGGAAACAGGUGACAAAGUCGAUUGUGACAACAAUUGCAACACGAGACAUAGUGUUGCCAUAGUAUUUGCAAUCAACUUAUUCUGUAAUUGCUUCUUGGAAUAGGACAAAGGAAUGUAGGAUUUGACCAUGGUACAGAGAAAAGGGUUCUUCUUGGUUGUUCAAUUUGCACUGGUUUGUUGAAUUAUCUCGUGCUCUACAAAGUUGUACUCUUUGCCCGCUGACGGCUUUUGGUUUAUUGUUACUUAGUCCAAGGUCAGGGCAAUAUCUUUGUGAAUCACGCUGUUUGUUUCGUUUUUUGUUUGUUUAUCUUUUUAACUAACGAAGAAAAAAGUCUUAGGAAAGCCCUCCAAAUCUUCGCCGCAGAUAUUAACGGAGUAUUCGGUUCUAGUUAUAUGUUGAUAAAGUUCGGAAGGAUUCGGAUACAUUAAUGUACCUCAAGAAAGCUGUCAUGUUUGUAAGCUGCUAGAAAAGUUGUCUACCGCCAGCAUGAAAGCGUGUACCAUUCCCUCAUUGGUUGAAAGUAGUCCAGUCCUCGGGACUGUUUUUACAGUUCAGUGAUUGGUUGAGCAUACAGUGAUUGACACCUCAUCCAGCAAAUCGUGGGUCGUCUAUUGAUUUGUAAGCCUCCCAACAAUUUGCGAGGAUUUUCAAGGGCAGCAACUCUCCAAGAUUUUUGGUAUGCUGUCAUGGUUUUGUAUAUGACGUAAACAUUGGUAUUUCUUGUAAAUAGUAGAUAGAACAAUCUGUGAUGUACACAUUUAUCAUUUUGCAUUUCUCUACAAGUCAAAGAUAAGCCCUGUAUGUAUUCCAAUACGAAAUGAAAUUGUAAGUUAUUUUUGAGCUAGUGCAUUUCAUAUGUAUUCUAGCCAUGGAAAUAAAUUUGGGAA